CUCGAGGGACCCCCUAGUGAGUCGGGCGCGUCCAGCAUGGCGCCCCGAAUCAGCGAGCCCGUCCUCGCGGGCUGCGAGGCCGAGGCCCCCGCCGGGGCCAGGCUCCCCGACAGCAAGGUCGCCAAGGCCUGGAACCCCAUGUCGCUCACCUGGAGCGAGAACUACAACGAGGGCCUGGAGAAGGCCUGGGUGCGCGUGCCCAUCGUGCUCAAGAGGACCCUCGUCAUGGCCGCCGUCUUCGUCGUCGGCAUGGCCAUGAGCGGCGAGUCCAUGGCCAUCUUCACGCACGCGAGACGCCAACUCGGCCUGACGCCCACGUCCGAGGCCCGCACCUACUCCUCCAUCAAGGAGUUCCUCGACGUGCGCUUCAAGGACCUCCCCUACUUCCUCAUCUCGUCCAACCUCGUCUCGUACGCGCUGUACUUCGGCAUCGGCGGCUUCUUGCACUGGUACUUCUACGUGCGGCAACGCGCCAGCGCCGAGGAGUGGAAGUGCCAGCCCAACUCGUGGCUCAGCCCGGAGCUGGAGCUGCACGAGAUCAAGGUGGGGUCCCUGGCGCUGCUCGUCACCGGCUCCUUCUCGGCCUUCCUCACCUGCUGGAUCACCAACGGCGGCUACAGCUCGGUCUACUACGACAUCGGCGAGUACGGCUACGCCUGGGUCCUCCUCCAGUUCCCCGUCAUCUUCCUGUACCAGGACUACGUGACGUACUGGCUGCACCGGAUGUACCACACCCCGUGGCUCUACAAGCACUUCCACAAGCUGCACCACACCUACAAGCACCCGACGGCCUUCUCGGUGACCGCCAUCCACCCCGUGGAGGUGCUGCACAUCCAGAUGACGCUGAGCCUGCCCCUGUUCACCAUCCCCGUGCACUGGGGCCCGUUCUACAUCAUCGUGCUCUACACCUACUACCACGGCAUCAUCGACCACUCGGGCAUCAACUUCAAGGCGUACUGGUGGCAGCCCUGGCAGCCCGAUGCCAUCUUCCACGACAACCACCACCAGUACUUCCACGUCAACUUCGGCUUCAACUGCUUCCUCUGGGACAAGCUCCACGGGACGUACCGGCGAAAGGACCGCAUCUACAGGGAAGACACGUUCUACGGGCAGGGCAAGUCCCUGGGCGAGGCCACCAGGGAGGAGCUGGCCCAGGACCUGAAGGAGCGCCACCUCGAGAACCCCAAGGCCUACCGCGACGACAAGAUGGAGUUCGCCAUCUCCGAGGAGGAGGUCAACAGCACCAUCAACAAGAAGAACAAGUGAAAAAUUAAAAUACACAUAUAUUUUUUUA